AUGGUAGAAGAUGACGAUGAUCGCGAUCUUGCAGGUUCCCCAGACGGAAGCUCGGAUAACGAAAUGGACGAUACGCUUAGGAACGCAGAUGACGGGGAUCACGACAACGAACCGGACGCCGAUGCCGAUGCCGAUCAAGAUGCAGAAAGUCAGUCGAAUGUCAGUCACAUAUCCGAGAGCGCUGGGGGUGUAACCCAACCUAACCCUGUUGUCGAAAUGUCCACGGCGACUGCGACGAAUGCCUUGUCUGAUCCGCUGGCUGCGUUCCAUCCGAGGGUGCGUGCGGAAUGUCUGACAGCGCCCACCUUUGACAUCGUCCCAACGACGGCCGCCCCCCACAGUACAUCGAUUAAUGCGGUAACCGCGACGGCUGAUAUGAGAUGGGUUUUCAGUGGUGGCUCAGAUGGAUAUGUCCGGAAGUUCAAUUGGGUGGACUCCAUCAACAGUAAGCUGAUGCUUACUGUGGCGCAAAGACAUCCUUUUGUUGACAGCGUGAUCAAGGCGGGGGUGCUGAUGACAUACUGGGAAAACAUGGAUGGAAACGCAUUAUCACCGGUAUAUUCUUUAGCCAGCCACAGUGAGGGUCUAUGGCUGUUGUCGGGCUUGGAAUCUGGUAGCAUCCGACUACAAUCGGUCCGUCACGACGAAGGCAAAGAGAUUGCUCUUCUCCAACAACAUACCUCCGCGGUCUCAGUCUUGAGCUUAACUUCAGAUGAAAAGUCGCUGCUCUCUGGCAGCUGGGACAAGCGGGUUUUUGACUGGGAUCUCAACACGGGGCAGAUCCGGCGCGCAUUUGGGUCCAGUGCCCGCCAAAUAUCGGCGAUUGAGGUCCGCCCGGAAUCCAGUCUGGCAGUUCCCAGGGAUACCACCGAGUUCCAGCAACCAAACGGAACAUAUUCAUCCAAUUAUUCAGCGCCUGCAAACGACAGCUUCGGCUUCAUGGAUACGACGAACGACGGUGAAAACGGCGCUGGUUCGAACCCGCAGGCGGGCUCCCCCGCCGACUCACUCUUCGGCGGGGCUGACUCGUUAUUUGGUGACGAGAAUGCGAAUGGGGGCGAAGAUGCAGGGGCACCUGAGAAUGCAUUCGGCAUCGAUGAGGAUGAUGAGUUUGGUAAAGCGCUUACCAAUGGAGUCAUGCCUGACGUUGACGCACCUGGAGAGCCGGAGCCAAGCCAACCUGCUGUUGCAGAGCCUCCUGCUGCUUCUAUGCCCAGUACUGUCGCUGCUGGUGAAGCUGCCAAUUCUAAUGCAGCAACUCAGCCGCCCGACUCUGGUGAGGGCGAGAUGCUCCAUGGCUUCUCUCAACCAGUAGUCAACGGCGGGCCCCAUGCCGAGGAGUUGGAGCGUCCCAUAUAUACCCAAGAUAGCGCCCUGCCUACACACAAUGAAUCAGGUGCUGCGACGGACAAUCUUUUCCUGGCCGCAUCUAUCGACGGUACGAUUCGUGUGUGGGAUAGAAGAGAGCCAGAAGCCGUUGCUCGCAUCACGCCCCAGAACUGCCCUCCCUGGUGCAUGAACGCCUGCUGGUCUCCAGACGGCAACUACAUCUAUGCAGGGCGCCGGAACGGCACGGUGGAGGAGUACAGCCUGCAUAAGGGCCUCCGGAAUCCGCAGCGGACCUUCAAGUUUCCUCAGGGAAGUGGACCGGUCACGGCACUUAAGGCGAUGCCCAAUGGGCGGCAUAUUGUCUGCGCGUCGCAUGAUAUCCUUCGGUUGUACGAUCUCAAACAUGAACAAGUGACUCGGCACUCGACAGUGCCGUUCCUGAUCAUCCCAGGACAUCGAACCGGAACUGUCUCGCAACUAUAUAUUGACCAGGCAUGCCGCUUCAUGGUGUCAACCAGUGGCAACCGAGGGUGGGAGGGUAAUACCACCGAGGUCUUGCUGGGCUAUGAGAUUGGCGUACCUCGAUGA